CCGAGUGUAACUCACUAAUUAUCAGCAAACUAGGACGGACUACGGAGAACUCCAUAGUAAACAUAAAAGGGACGGAGUAAACAAACCUCCAUCAGACUGGAUACCUGACCAUCCAGGCAUUCACGGCACGUGCCGAUAAACCUCCCGUACCGGUAUCUGUACCGUACCGACCGCGUCUCCGCACGCAUUGGCCCUAUUCUGAUUGGCCAACCUCCUCAACGUCGUCAUAAUCGCGAUUUCCGCCGUCUCGCCGACAUCAGCGUCAUCAUCUUAAUUUCAUCUCAACCUCCCAGGUACUUCUGUCUACAACAUCACCCAUUCACAUAACAACUAUUCAACCACCAUGUCCUCUCCAGACUCAGCGGUCCCGCCGCCCGCCGAAGUCAUGACAAUCGCCUCCCCAAUCAACCUCAUCCUCCUCUCCCUCUUCGUCAUCCUCGUCUACCUCCAACUCCGCCCCAAAGCCCCCGUCAGCCUCCCCAAGGGCCCCGCCCCGGUCGUCUUCCGCACCUUCACCCCAACCACCCUCCUCCCCUACAACGGCGAAGGAAACCAACCCGUCUACCUCGCUGUCCGGGGCCGUGUCUUUGACGUGACUCCGGGGAAGAACUUCUACGGACCAGGCGGACCGUACGAGAACUUCGCUGGUCGGGACGCAUCCCGUGGUCUGGCUUGUCAGAGCUUCGAUGAGGAGAUGCUCACGAAGGAUCUUAAGGCGCCGUUAGAUGAUCUGAAGGAUCUGGAUGCCGAUCAGUUGGAGAACCUGCAGUCUUGGGAGGAGCGGUUCUCUGAGAAGUAUUUGGUUGUGGGGAAAUUGGUGGCGGAGGGGGAUCCCGAGGCGGCGAGUGCGUGAGGUGGAUUGUUGAGAUUGUGUAUGGUUGGAGUGUGUGUGGGAAGUGGAUUGAUUGAGUAGGGUAGAUGUAUGGAGUAGGUUUGAGGAUAUUGAUAUGGUUGACCUGUGAGUGGGAUGGUCACGUGUGUUUACUGUUCUAAAAGCGUGAUGGUGAAUGAGACAUGCCUUGGUGGGACAAUAUGUUUAGGAACGGGAUCUUCGGUAUUGGGACCCCGCUUAUAGCUUGCCAGAUUUCAGGACAGGUGUACCAUUGGACAAUUAUAAUGGAUGGUUUGGAAUUUCUCAAAGACUAAUACAUUAAACCAGAGUUC